AUGGAGCGAGUGCACAGGUACGUGCCACCGAUCGCUGACGGCGAGCUACCCGACUCCGCCGACGCCAUCCGAGAGGAGAUCGAGAAGCAGGAGUCGCUGCUGGCCCAGCUGCACCGCGAACUCAAGGCCGGCAGCAUCAGCCAGCGCCGCGAGGAGCAGCUCUGGGAGGCGCAGCGUAUACUGACGCAGCUCAAGAGGCGGCAGCGGUUCGUGGCCAAGCGACACGAGUCGGAGGCGUCCGGCCGGCGCGGCGACGACGAGCCGCCGCCGGCGCCGCCGCUGGAGCCGACGGCGGCCGACGGCGCCGCCGCGCACCGGCUGCAGCGCACCGUGCACAUCAUCAACGAGGAUAACGUCACCGUCAUCCAGAUCGGCGAGAAGGCGGCGCCCGAGCGGGGCACGGGGGCGGCGGCCGAGCCGAGAACGGAGCUGGCGACGGAGCCGGAGCCGGAGGCGGUGACCAAGCCGAGGUCCGAGUCGGAGUCGGAGCUGGAGCCGGAGCCGGAGCCGGAGCCGCGGCCGGCGUCGCUCGCUGAGGAGCAGGCGCCGCGCUCGUCGCUGCCGCCGCCCGGUGACGAAGGCCAGGCAAGCUUCAGUGACCUGCACCGGCGGGUGGCGGCCGACCUGGCGCAGCCGGUCGAGACGCCGGCGGCCGCGGAGAAGAAGAGGGCUGACGAGUGGCCCACGCCCGACGUCUUCGCGGCGGCGCCGGCCGGCGCGGAGCCGGACGCCACGCGGGCCGAGACGGCCGCGCUGCUGCGCGAGGCGAUCCUGCUGAAGCUGGAGGAGGACGAGCUGCAGUCGACGAGCCGGGAGCUGCGCAGCCGGCUGGCGGCAGAGCGCGGCGAGAUCGGGCGGCUGCGCGACACCAUCCAGGAGAUGGAGACCCUCUACAAGUACAGAACGUACUCUGUGGACAGCAGCGACGACCCAUCUGGCGAGGACAGCGACGACAGCGACACAGAGGAGGACCUGGUGAAGCAGCUGCUGGAGAUCGCCCGGCACAACCAGCAGUUGGAGGCUAAGAACGCCCAGCUGGUGCGCGCCAUCCACGAGGAACGGCGCUGUUGCCAGAAGCGGCGCGCCCAGAUCAGGUACCUGGAGCUGCAGGCUACCGUCGGCGGCCGCGGCCCGGACUGACCCCAGGUUACGGCUGGGGUCGGCCCGGACUGACCCCAGCUCACGGCUGGGGUCGGCCCGGCCUGAUCCCAGGUCACGGCUGGAGUCGGCCCAGACGGACCCCUGAUCACGGCUGGAGUCGCCCCGGCCUGACCCGGCAGCGGGUCAGGUGUCCUCGACCGGGGCAGACCGGCCCGCCGGGGCAGAGUGCCGCGAGCGCAUGGGCAGAGUGCCGCGAGCGUCUGGGUAAAGUGCCGCGAGUGCCGGGGCGGAGUGCCGCGUCUCGGCUGCCGCCGCCAGUCCGG